GUCUCUCGCCGGUCGACGCCCCCACUCUCUCUCUUUCUCUCUCUCUCCAAGGCGGGAAAAAGAAGAAAAAAGGACCGAAAAAGAAGAGCCUCUCUCGCAUAUACUCCCCAUCAUGAUGGUGACGAAGAACACCAGCAAACACCUUCAUUCCAAUCCCACUCUCUCUCUCUCCAACUCUCGCUUUCUCCUCUCUCUCUUCCUCUGUGCCCCUCUUCUGUUCUUCUUCUUCGCGAUGGAAACGAUGGAUUUCAAGUUCUUCGCUGCUUCUUUGCUUUGUCAGAAAUAAAUCUCGGGGGAGCAGAGGAAGGGGGCAGGAUGGUGAUGGAAGGCAAUAAUAAGUGCGGCUGCUGGGCGGCGAUUUCUCGUGGAAUUGGAGGCGCCUGCGGGACAUCGCCCGUCGCUGCUGCCUCUGCCAAUACCAUUCCCAGGACCAGCCUAGUCCACGACUCAGCAACAGAAGCAAGAUACUUAAAUGCUAGCAAUCGUGAGAUGAAUAUUCCGUUUGAAACUAUGUUCUCUGAGGAAAAUGGCAAUAAAUCCCCACCCAAAGAUAAAUCAUCUUGUGAGCCGCUACAAUUCACAUUCCAAGAGCUGAAGAUUGCCACUGGAAACUUCAGACCUGAUAGUAUCCUUGGUGAGGGUGGAUUUGGUUAUGUUUUUAAAGGAUGGAUAGAGGAAAACAGCACUACUCCUGCUAAACCAGGAACUGGUAUCACUGUUGCUGUCAAAAGUUUGAAACCAGAUGCUCUUCAGGGACACCGGGAAUGGGUGGCUGAAAUUGAUUUCCUUGGACAGCUACAUCAUCCUAAUCUCGUUAAACUCAUAGGAUCCUGCAUUGAAGAUGACCAAAGGCUUCUUGUUUAUGAAUUUAUGCCCCGAGGAAGUCUUGAAAAUCAUCUUUUCCGAAGGUCUUUUCCUCUUCCAUGGUCCAACAGGAUUAAGAUUGCUAUUGGGGCUGCUAAAGGGUUAGCCUUUCUUCAUGGUAAUGCAAAGCCUGUUAUCUACAGAGAUUUCAAGACAUCUAAUAUUCUUCUAGAUAUGGAGUACAAUGCAAAGCUUUCUGACUUUGGACUGGCCAAAGCUGGACCCCAAGGAGAUAAGACUCACGUAUCAACUAGAGUUGUUGGUACAUAUGGUUAUGCUGCACCGGAGUACAUCAUGACUGGACACCUAACAUCAAAAAGCGAUGUGUACAGUUUCGGUGUUGUGCUGCUUGAAAUUCUGACCGGCCGAAGAUCCAUAGACAAGAAGAGGCCACACGGUGAGCAAAAUCUUGUUGCUUGGGCCCGGCCAAAUCUGGGAGAUAAAAGGAGGCUUUUGCACCUUGUGGAUCCCCGCCUGGAGCUGAACUAUUCAAUUAAAGGUGUUCAAAAAGUUGCCCAGAUUGCCAGCUACUGUCUUAGCAGGGAUUCAAAAACUCGCCCUUCCAUGGAUGUUGUUGUCAAGAACCUUACACCAUUGCAGGAUCUGAAUGACCUUGCCUACAACUCUUUUCGCUCUCGCAGCUCUCAACGAGCUCCUGCUCAAAGCAAACCAACAGGCUGAUUUUAACUACUCGCGACGCAGAAAUUUCAUUCUACUUUAACAAACAUGUGAUCACCAGAUCUUCAUGGAAUAAAUAAUGCCCAUAAUUGAACACCAGCUAAUACCAGAAUGUUAGUUGUUUGCCUGCAGAGAAGGCUAUGGAUAUAAUCUGUCGCUUGUGUUAUUUCUAUAACGCAAUAGUUGUGCAUAUUAUAAAGAAUUGAUACAUUACUUCUGACCUCCAAAAUUGAAGAAAAAACUAUUGUUGUUUUUA